CUGAACACGGCCAUCCUCACAGGGAAGACGGUGGCCGUGCCAGUGAAGGUGGUCUCCGUGGAGGAGGAUGGCACAGUGACGGAGCUGCUGGAGUCAGUGCAGUGCAGGUCCUCGGACGAAGACGCCAUUAAGGUGUCUGACAGGUGCGACUACGUCUUUGUCAACGGCAAGGAGAUGAAGGGCAGGGUAAAUGUGGUGGUGAACUUCACCUACCAACACCUGCACGGCGCCCUCGAGAUGACGGUGUGGGUGCCCCAGCUGCCCCUGCACAUCGAGGUCUCCGACACUGAGCUCAGCCAGAUCAAGGGCUGGAGGGUGCCUAUCAUCGCCAACAAGAGGCCAGCCCGGGACAGCGAGGAGGAGGACGAGGAGGAGCGGCGGGGCCGGGGCUGCACCCUCCAGUACCAGCAUGCCAUGGUGCGGGUCCUCACCCAGUUUGUGGCCGAGGGGGCUGAGCCUGGGGGGCACCUGGCCCACCUGCUGGGCUCUGACUGGCAAGUGGACAUCACCGAGCUGGUGCACGACUUCAUGCAGGUGGUGGAGCCCAGGAUCGCCCAGCUGCAGGGAGGACAAGUCCUGGUUGGGCAGGAGCUUGGGAUGACCACCAUCCAGAUCCUGUCGCCCCUGUCAGAUGCCAUCCUGGCCGAGAAGACCGUCAUGGUGCUGGAUGAGAAGGUGGCCAUCACGGACCUUGGCGUCCAGCUGGUGGCGGGACUGUCACUGUCCCUGCAGCUCAGCCCAGGCAGCAACAGGGCUAUCUUCGCCACGGCAGCGGCCCAGGAGCUCCUGCAGAGACCCAAGCAGGAAGCGGCCAUCAGUUGCUGGGUCCAGUUCAGUGAUGGCUCUGUCACGCCCUUGGAUAUUUAUGAUGGGAAAGACUUCUCCCUCAUGGCCACAUCCCUGGAUGAGAAGGUGGUGUCUAUCCACCAAAAACCCAAAUUCAAGUGGCCUAUAAUUGCUGCUGAAACAGAAGGGCAGGGGGCGCUGGUGAAGGUCGAAAUGGUCAUCAGUGAGUCAUGCCAGAAGUCUAAGAGGAAGAGCGUGCUGGCCGUUGGGACUGCCAACAUCAAAGUUAAAUUUGGCCAAAAUGAUGCCAACCCCAACACCAGUGACAGCAGGCAUGCUGGGGCAGGAUUUCACCUGGAGAAUCAUGUUGGCGACAGGAGGCCCAAGAAACCUGUGCAAGAAUGGGGGGGCCAAGAAGGACAGUACUAUAGCAGUUCCUCUGUCGGCCUCAUGGAAGGAAGGGGCACCACCACAGAGAGGUCAACCUUCCAGAGGAAGAAUGGCCAGGAGAGCCUUCUAGACGAUGACAGCCAUUUCCAGACCCUGCCCGUGGACCUCACCAGCUUCCCAGCCCAGGUGGACGUGCCCAGAAGUGAUGGUGGCAUGGAUGAGAAUGACCUCCUGCAGGCGUACAAGGGGCUGAGUGACUUGGAGAUUGGGAUGUACGCUCUGCUGGGCGUCUUCUGUCUGGCCAUUUUGGUCUUCCUCCUAAACUGUGUGGCGUUUGCUCUGAAGUACAGGCACAAACAGGUUCCCUUCGAAGAGCAGGAAGGCAUGAGUCAUUCCCAUGACUGGGUCGGGCUGAGCAACCAGGCAGAACUACUGGAGAACCAUAUUAACUUUGCCUCCUCCCAAGAGGAGCAGAUUACGGCCAUCGACAGGGACUUUGAGGAGAGCAAGUACCUCCUCAGCACAAACUCCCAGAACAGCAGCAACGGCCAGCUGUUCAAGCCUUCGGGUCUCACAGCCACUGAUGGGAGAGACCAGAAGAGUGAAGCCCCCACCUCCCCUACCUCGAAACGGAAAAGAGUGAGAUUCACCACCUUCACGGUCGCCUCCAUGGAGGACAGCAGCCCCGCGGCAAGCUCGCUUGUAACGAGCAGUGAGGACGACGUUAAGUGGGUGUGCCAGGACCUGGGCCCCGGAGAGUACAAAGAACUACACAACUACAUGGAAAGGUUACAUGAGAAUGUGUAA